GUGCGCAGAGGGGGCGGGCGCCCGCAGCUCAGAGUCGCGGAGCUGGCCGAGCCGCGGCGCUGCUGGGGGGACAUGAUCCGAAACGGGCACGGGGCGUUGGGCGGCGCGGAGCGGCCGGUCACAGGGGGCAGGCGUGACGUGCGGGUGUGGUGCGACGGCUGCUAUGACAUGGUGCAUUAUGGUCACUCGAACCAGCUGCGCCAGGCACGGGCCAUGGGCGACUACCUCAUCGUGGGCGUGCACACCGAUGAGGAGAUCUCCAAGCACAAGGGGCCCCCAGUAUUCACGCAGGAGGAGAGGUACAAGAUGGUGCAAGCCAUCAAGUGGGUGGACGAGGUGGUGCCAGCGGCUCCCUAUGUCACCACGCUGGAGACACUGGACAAGUACAACUGCGACUUCUGUGUCCAUGGCAAUGACAUCACGCUGACCGUAGACGGCCGGGACACCUAUGAGGAAGUGAAGCAGGCUGGGAGGUAUAGAGAGUGCAAACGCACCCAGGGUGUGUCCACCACGGACCUCGUUGGCCGCAUGCUGCUGGUGACCAAGGCCCAUCACCGCGGCCAAGAGAUGUCCUCAGAGUACCGGGAGUACGCAGACAGCUUUGGCAAGUGCCCGGGGGGGCGGAACCCCUGGACGGGGGUGUCCCAGUUUCUGCAGACUUCCCAGAAGAUCAUCCAGUUUGCUUCUGGGAAGGAGCCCCAGCCGGGCGACACCAUCAUCUACGUGGCCGGCGCCUUUGACCUGUUCCACAUCGGGCACGUGGAUUUCCUGGAAAAGGUGCACGGCCUGACAGAGAGGCCCUACGUCAUCGCUGGCUUACACUUUGACCAGGAGGUCAAUCACUACAAGGGAAAGAACUACCCCAUCAUGAACCUGCACGAGCGAACCCUGAGCGUGCUGGCCUGCCGGUACGUGUCGGAAGUGGUGAUUGGGGCCCCAUACUCGGUCACAGCAGAGCUCCUGGACCACUUCAAGGUGGACCUGGUGUGUCACGGGAAGACGGAAAUCGUGCCUGACAAGGACGGCUCUGACCCGUACCAGGAGCCCAAGAGAAGGGGCAUCUUCUGUCAGAUCGACAGCAGGAACGACCUCACCACGGACCUCAUCGUGCAGCGUAUCAUCAAGAACAGGCUGGAGUACGAGGCCCGGAACCAGAAGAAAGAGGCCAAGGAGCUGGCCUUCCUGGAGGCCAUGAGGCAGCAGGAGUCGCAGCCCCAGGGGGAAAGCGACUAUGACUUCUGACUUCCAACGGAGGGGGCCAAUCAGCGGGAGACCUGGAGUGCUGCCCUCCCUGCUCUGUUUCCCACGUGUGGGUCCAGAGUUCGGCUCACAUAGUUUUGGACAGAGCUGCGGCGUCCCCCCUCUAAUCGGCCUGGUCUUGGAAGGACUGGCGUGGAGUACCCCGUCUCCUACCCCCUGCCCACAAGGCACCCGGCUUGCAGCCCUCACGCCCUUCCCGCCAAGCUGCACAGGAGUCCUGCACUGGAGCAGCCCAGCGGGCAGGGCGAGCAGAGGGCAUCUCCGAGCAAGGGGUGCUGCAAUGUGUGCCAGGGAAGGCCCCGCUUCCAUCCUGGCCCCAUUGCUGCUCCCUCAUUCUGCCUCCUGGACGGCUCCUCCAGACCAGGACACCCCCUGCCGCCUGGCACUGAGUGGCACUUCCUGCCCGUCCAGCUCGGUGGGAGCCCACUUCAGGGAAACUGACUCAAAGGCCACUGCAUUUCCUCCUCGGUGCAGACCAGGCUGCCUCCUGCACAGGCACCCUCUGCCCCACGGUGUGUCCCUGGUGCCCCAGGGCCUGGCUCCAGGACCCUGCGCCCCCGUGCCCAGGCCAGCCUCCUGCUCUACCCACACAGUCUUCUUGAUUUUGUGUGUAACUGGCUGGUGUACAACCAAAUAAACCUGGUGGGAGGCA